UCCCAUUCAUAUGCCCUGAGAACUUUGUGUGCACACACAUUUCUGGCUGUGUCCGGUGAGAUCAUCAUAUAUAAUCUGUCGAACAGCAGAGAGCCAUGAGGAAAUAUUUCAUAAGGAAGAUUUUGAAAUACAUUUUUGCAAACCAUACUCCUACAUGAGAUGAAGUGACCCUCAUUUGGAAUAAGAGGCAUGCAAGAAAGAUUCUCCCACUUGUUCUCCCUGUGUUUCUGUUUCACAUCUUUCUAGUGGGCUGUUCAUUGCGAUGAUUGUGAGUCUGCUCUUCCUUGUGUUAUUGAGGUUCACAACUGGGGUUCUUUUCUGGAUUUUCAUCUUUAGCAUGAUUGGAAUUAUAGGUUAUGGUAGGUGUCAUCCUCCAGCCUCUGAGGUUGUUUUCUCUUACUGCUUUAUUUUGGGCAAGGAAAGUAAGUGAUUACAUCAGUUAAAUGCUGUAGUUGGCAGAACUAGUGCCUAGGUUUAGACACAGUUAAAUGAGAAGGGCUUAAAUGGCAGUGAAAUUUGGUAAGAAUCCAGCUGCACUGAUACUUCUUACCAGAUGUAGCAACCUGAACUAGCUACCCAUAGCGUGGUUAGUCCACAUUCACUUGUACUGAUCUUUCUUUUCUGUAGAUGUGAUGUUAUAGCUGACUAGUCUCACAGUAGUGCGUGUUUGGGUUUUGCUUACCUGACGUGCUGAGGACAAAACACUUCACUUGUCAAAGAUUUAAACAAGCCCAACCUUGUCUUCGCACUCUUCAAAAACACUCAUUUUAUAUUGAUUGUUUUUUAACAGGCAUCUGGCUUUGUUAGUAGGAGUAUGACCAUCUUAAAGGAAUACCCAGCUCUGACCUCACUGUUUCUGACACUGGAUUCCAGACAGACUUCAGAGUGUACCCGCAGCUGGGGCAAACAUGGUUAGCAUUUAUGGUAAUACUUUGUGGUGCUGAGGUCAUAAUCAUACUGAUGCUGAUCUUCCUAAGGAAUCGGAUCUGGAUUGCCAUUGCAUUCUUGCAGGAAGGCAGUAGGGCUGCUGGCUAUAUAAUGUCUACGUUGUUCUACCCAAUCGUCACCUUCAUACACAUUGAAGUUUGUAUUUCCUACAGGGCUGUGACAGCUGUUUUUCUGGCUACAUCAGGAGAACCUGUGUAUAAAGUAAUGGCUAAUCAAACACUGUGCAAGUAUGCAAACCUGACUUGUGACCCAGAGACUUUUAACACAACCAAGAUGACUAAAUUGCGUCCAGGUGCUCAGCGUACUUUUGCUUUUUAUGGAGGAGAAAGCCUGUACUGUAAGUACAUCUUCAUCUUGCAGUUAGCCUAUGCCUUUGUCUUUCUCUGACUGCUGAACUUUGCAAUUGGAAUGGGUCAGUAGACCCUUGCUGGUGCCUUUCCCUCCUGUUACUGGGUCUCUC